AAAUUGUGCUUUAUCAAUUUGUUGACUGUGGUCCCAAACAGUUCUCUGAUCCAAGCCCCUAGUUCACAAUGGAAGCCCUGAUUUCUCUCAAACCUGCGAUGCCAAAUUGGAAGUCGUUGACGACGGUGCCGGCGCCGGAGCCGAAUCGGUCCUCGACGUCUCCUGCCAAAGCCUGGACUUUCCGAUCGGUGAGAACUCCGGUGCGUACAAUUUACUGCCUAAAUCCAUCGCGGGACUAAAAGGCUUGAAGACGCUGAGGUUUUUCAGCAACGAGAUCAAGCUGUUCUCGUCGCCAGAGAUCGGCGGCUUCGUAAGGCUAGAAUGCGUGAGGAUCUCGUCGCCGGAGUUCGACGGUUUGCCGCUGCACAAAUUCAAAAGGAUGAAGGAGCUUGAGCUCUCCAUGGUGACAUCUCGUUGCUCGGCGGUUCCCAUUUUGAGCGAGAUCGCCGGACUCAAGCUCCUCCGCACAAAGCUAUCGGUAUGUUAUUUCUCUGUAACUUUUUUUUUCCUCCGGAAAUUUGCUGCUUAAAGAGUUUGGAACAUCUGGAUCUUUCCUUCAACGAGACGAUGAAUUCGCCGGUAGAGAUUGGUAACUUGAAUUGGAGGAAUUGCCUGAGGGUUUGUCCAGAUUAGCUGGGUUGGGGAAUUUGGACUUGUUGCAUAAUAGGCUGACGUCAUUGGGGGAUGUUGAUUUUGGGUUGAAUGUUAGGGUCCAGAAUUUGAAUCUGAAGUACAAUAGGCUUUCGAGUGAGUGUGUAGUGCCUUAAUGGAUAUGGUGCGAUUUGGAUGGGAAUGGAAAUGAUGAUUCUGGCAGUUCUUUAGUUGAAUUGGAUUGUUCAUCGAAUGUAGUUAAAUCGAGUAGUAGUUUUCUCGCAAUUUGGAGGUCAGAUGGGAGGAAGUGUUAUUUUCGGUGGAGGAGUGUAAGGUUUGUGGAUUGUCCCAUGCUGAUGCGUGUGAAGGAAGAUGGAGAAUGCAAAUCAGGAAAUAUAGAUGUUAUCGAUUCUGGUUUCCAAUCUUUUUCAUCACCUUCAUCUACUGCAGUAGAGUUAACAGAGGAACACAUUUCCAAGCUUCCGAUUCUUUUUAAUGCAAAUAAUCUUAAUCCCGGUCUAAAAGAAAUUGGCUCUGCCUCAUGGAUUAGCUACCUUGCACUUAUAAAACAAAUAUCAGUUUUUUGCAAUUUUGUGGAAAAAAAAAAGUUUUAGAGAAUCUCUAAGAUGGUAUAACCUUACGCAAUGAGGAAAUAUAUCUCUAAUUGAAUACAAAUUAUUCAUAUAAUCCUAAUUAAUAACGGUUAGGUUUACAAAUCAUUUAACAUUUUUCCUUAUGUUUUUUUUUUAUAAAUACCUACUGCAUGGAGAUGGAUAAACAUCUGGAAUUCGCCAAAGAUCGAUCUAUCUGUGCCAAAUUAAAUGAUGUCUUCUAGUGAAAGAACAGUGCACUCGGAGUGCAAGAAUUCGUCCAAUCUCGACCAUGAAUGCCGUGAAUAUUGCUUCAAAGCUAUUUUAGAAGCCAGAGAUGGGAUGGAUCUAAAUGAUGUAAGUCAACUGCUGGAUUCUGUACAAGAUAAUAGUGGCAACUCAAACUUAGAGGCUGCUCCUCAGCGACAGAAAGAAGAUGCUGAUAAUGGUGUUGACCACACAAAGUUGAAAGGGAGGAAGAAAAAAUUGAAGGAAUUGCGGAAGAAGGUGAAAGAGGCUAUAGAUAAGAAUCAAACACAGGUUAAAGCCGAACAGAAAAGAAUGGAGCCUCCAGAAGAACCGUCGAGGGGGAUUUCGAAACAAAAAUGGCUUGAAGAGAGGGAGAGAAAGAUGGGGAAACUCUUGGAUGCAAAUGGUUUGGAUUUGAAAAGAGCAUACAUGCUAGAUACACAAGAGAUGGCCGAGGCAAAAUACAAGAGAUGGAAAAAGAAACCUGCACCAUGUGGCUGGGAUGUUUUUAAUUCGAAAACAUUGUACAAUGCACACAAAAAACGAACAAACAAGAUCGAAGUUGACAUGGAAGAAUACAAUAAGAUGAAACAGGAAGGAGCUUUUAGCUGCCUCGAAAAUGGAAAGACUCCGAAGGUCUCGGAGGAGAAAGUUGACAAGAUGUUGCAGGAGCUCAAGGAACUCGAAGAGAAUAAAAAGAAAUUUAGCAGGAGGAGGAGGUUCCAUGAGGACAAGGAUAUUGACUCGAUCAAUGACCGCAAUGAGCAUUUCAACAAGAAGAUUGAGAGAGCCUUUGGUAAGUACACAUUGGAAAUCAAAAACAAUCUUGAGCGAGGUACUGCAUUGCCUGAUUAAGGUGUAAAUUAGACAAACUAUAUUACUACUUAUAACUCAAUGAAACUGGCAGCUAGAUUUACUUCUGGAUUCCAGUAGGAUUUUGCAUUGAAUUAGGUUCAUUAUACAGCGUUAAUAUCUUCAUCAUUCGGAAUACGUAUAGAUCGACUAAUAAGCACAGCCAACUUCGUUUAUGCUGGAAUCUCCAUCUUCUCUGGCCUUUCCUGCUGUAAGCGGUGUGAAUCCGGUGUUAGCUUGUGCACACAUAUAUACUUUGUUUAUGAUCAUGAUGGUAAGAAACAAAGCCAAGGCCAACUUGAACCUACACAUGCAUACUUUAUUUAUGAACCGAAGUUUUAAAGGAGUGGCUAGCCGAGCUAUCAAAACAUCAGAAUUGAUUCUUGGAAAGAUUUGUUUGCUUCAAAGUUUUACAAAAAUAUGUAACAUGCCCCUCCACUACUGAAAGCAAAUUAAACGACCCCAUUCAGACAUAAUAAAUAGCUUCAGCCUUCAGACGCUCUUGUCGAAAACUUCUCCUCCACUCACACACUCUCUUCCUCUCUGCACCAACCCUUUCUUAACAGUACGCGACAGCACAAGAAUCACGUUGAUUUUUUUUUUUUUUUUUAAGCCAAAAAACAAAGGGGUCUUAAUGGUAUAUAUAUUCUUAAAAAAUGAGAUUUUGUUUUAUUUUAAAGUAAGUCCAAUAUUCCUUCCGAAUUAGGUCAUAAUUAUU